AUGUCCUCGCACUGUUCUCCGGCCUGUGGGAACUUCCGGUCCAGUAGUUCCUCCACUUUGUUCUAUUUAUCGGCUCCCUCCGGUCUUGACAUCCUUCAACGGCUCCCCGGGAUGUCUGUGGCCUUCGUACCCGACUGGCUGAGGGGCAGUGCGGAAGUCAAUCAAGAGACCAUCCAGCGGCUCCUGGAAGAGAAUGACCAGCUCAUCCGCUGUAUCGUGGAGUAUCAGAACAAAGGCCGGGCGAACGAGUGCGUCCAGUACCAGCAUGUGUUACAUAGAAAUCUCAUUUAUCUAGCUACCAUUGCAGAUGCCAGCCCAGCCGGUACUUCAAAAGCAGAAUAAUCUUCCACUUGGCUGUUGUGAAGAGAAAUUGAAUAUAAUCCACUUCCUGUGACAUGGAGACAGGAUCUUUACCAGCGCGACUGCUCAAAAUGUGAAGGAAACCUCUGUGGCUCUUUUUAAAAUGUGAAGAAGGCUACUAAUGUAACUGUGUUCUCCGUGUAAAUAUUUAUUUUAACAAUUAAGCUGAUCUCUCAAUAGACUGGCUCAGACAACCUUUCCUGAAAUGAGAACAUGUUUGGAUAACAGACACAUUGGACAUCUUCAAGGCUACAUUUUUGUUUCAGACUAAGAAGUUUCAACUGAGUGUUGGGUGAUCAGCAGGAAUUGGUGGGACUCCUAACUCUGACCUUAACAAAUGGACAUGUGAUUGUGUGCUCCUUCCUACCAGUUUGUAAACGCCUUCCCUCUGACUGCUGUUUUCUGGUUGCUUUGAAAUAAAACUUGCUUUUCCACAAAA